AUGUUAAAAAAUCAUUACACAUCUCAACAAAUUGAUUCACAAAUAUCUGAUAAAUCAUCAACUACAUUAAAUUUGACUGAAGACGAAAUUAUUAUUCUGAAUAAUCUUUCUGAAGCAAUAAAUAAAAUAAUUCAAAAAGAAUAUACAACUAAUUUUCCUUUAAAUAUUGAAAUGGAAGAUUCGAUACCAAUAUCAGCUAAACAACUUGAACUAACGGAACGAAGAAAACAACGUUAUAAACUUCAACGAGAAAUAAUUACUAUUGCUAAAAAAACAUUAAAGCCAGCAUUUAAAAAACACGAUGUAACAAAAGAAGAAUAUAAAAAAAUAAUGAAAAAAGUUGUUACAAAAGCUAUGUAUUCUCAUAAAGUUAAUCAUAAAUCAAUUGGUAAAAUGAUUGAUGCUUAUGUCAAAAAAUACCAAUCAUCACAUCGUCAUCAUAGUAACUCAUUGACAUGA